AACAACAUCAGCCAAUACUCUCUGUGGUGUGUGGCCUAAUAAUAUAUAUUGAAAAUAACACAUUGUCACGACACAAUUUACAAAACAAUAAUACAGCCUUGUUGCUGCAACCUUCCUUGCAAGACACAACAGUUUUUGUGGUAAUUGAUAUUACGAGACUACGUUAAAUCAUUGUCAACCUUCAUAUCUGUUGUUGUAUCCACACUCGAGACCUCCCUAUCAGCAUUCGUUAUAAUAUUGUUCUGUCUGACUAUUUAUUCAACUGUUUUUGAAACAAGCCUUUAUCACUACUUUGGAUUAACUUGUAAAUUCUACCUUCCCUGUACUACUCUACCUUUCAAUCACAUAACAGUUAAUAUUGUUGCAAUUCUUCACAUCAAUAUUCAUCAAUUCCUCACUGUCAAAUUGACUCGAUACAUUACUUCAUAUUCCACCACUACCACUACUCGCACACUACUAUUGAACUUUAGUGCAACAACAUUUCACACCCUCCUUGCGUUCGUCGUUUAAUCAAACUACUUUUUGUACAAAUUUGUCAUAUCACUAUUGCUAUUGUUGACCUAAUUUAGAAAAUAUUCAACCAUCCCUCUCUCCUCUAUUACAAUAUCUUACCUGUAUCAUAUAUUUAACCAUGACUCAUCAUUCACCUUCUACUUGUUCACCACAACCAGGCGAUAAAGUCUGUUGGAAUUGCAAAACAACUCAAUCUCCAUUAUGGAGAAAGUUUUCCCCAACUGUUGAAACACCAGAAGCUUGUACUCCAUCCACCCCUUCAACAACAUAUUUGUGUAAUAAGUGUGGUCUCUUCUUUAAGAGAAAUAAGAAGCAAAGACCUCUUGAAUUAGAUGGCAUUUCAAGUGGUGAUUCAUCACCAUCAAUUAUUUCUUCUCCAAAAAAGAAGAAGUCUCAAACCACAACUACUACUACCACCACUGUUGCAACACAACCAAAGAGAAAACAAUCAACUUGUGAACUUCCAACCUCUCUUCCUUCACCUCUUCCUUCACCAAAAGUUGAAGAAAAGAAGAAGAGAAAGAGAACUACAACUAAUGCAUCUGUUUCAAGUUUACCUGCAACCCUUUCUGCAUUAGUUGAUAAACCUUCCUCUCACAACAACAACAACAACCAACCAUUAACUCAUCUGUACCACCACAACCACAACAUACUUUAUCCAACCAAUAUUUACCACAACCUGCAAAGAGACGUCUUUUGAGUCCACCAGAGAAUAUUUCCACUCAACCAACUUUAGAAAACUUGUAUUCUACCUCUACUCCAAUCAAUACUUGUAACAUAAUUACAAAUACACCAGUUGGCAUCUGCAGUGAAGAUUUAGAUGCUCUCAUUAGUGAACCAUCAAAGAAGACUAAACAAGCAAAUAAUAGCACAUACCGCGGUUUUGGUAGUCCAAUUAUUAGUUCCUACUCAACCAAUUCUGCUUUUAACACAACCUCAGCUCCUGCUACUUUUAACACUCCUUUAACUUACUCUGAUGCUAAUGCCUUAGCACAAUUUUUCAACUUGUACUUCCAACAACCUCACCAAACAGUCAAUUACUCAACCCCUUCAACACACUUGUAUAACACAUUCGCUUUUGGAGCUGAUAUUGCAACUGAAUCCACAAAUAAUACAUACCCUCACCAUAUUGUGGAUUGGUACUCUAAUGAAAACGAAGCUUGUACAAUGAAUCCUUUUGGCGAUUCUGAUUUUUUGAACAAUGACCAAUUUUUGAGUGAACAAGAUUUGUUCGGUGAAGAACCAAACAAAAUGUAAAUAGCUGUAUUAUAAUAAAGUACACUACAAUCACUUUACUUGCU